UUGGACUACCUGAAUCCUCUGUGGUCUCAUCGAGUGAGCCAAGAUGGAUCGUACGGAUCCGUUCGUAAGAUGGCAGGCAUCUUUGGGACAGAUGCCCUGCGUAGCUUAGCGGCGGCGACGCCGGCUGAGCAGGUUGAGCGUAUCAACGCGUUCGACACCUACGAGCGAGGGCUCAUCGCCCACGUUCAAGGGCUGCAGGCCACUGCGGCCGCGCCGAUGCCGGUGCAACCGAAGCCC